GCACAGUGUAAUUACAUGCCUUUGUUUCUGCAGUCUCCAAAAAAGGUUGGUGAUGACAUCGCCAAGGCAACCGGUGACUGGAAAGGUCUUAGGAUUACAGUGAAACUGACCAUUCAGAACAGACAGGCCCAGAUUGAGGUGGUACCUUCUGCCUCUGCCCUGAUCAUCAAAGCCCUCAAGGAACCACCGAGAGACAGAAAGAAACAGAAGAACAUUAAACACAGUGGGAACAUCACCUUUGAUGAGAUUGUCAACAUUGCCCGACAAAUGCGACACCGGUCUCUAGCUAGAGAACUCUCUGGAACCAUUAAAGAGAUCUUGGGGACUGCUCAGUCUGUGGGCUGCAAUGUUGAUGGCCGCCACCCCCAUGACAUCAUAGAUGACAUCAAUAGUGGCGCGGUGGAAUGCCCCACUAGUUAAGAAGCAAAAAGGAAAUAUAUUUCAAUAAAAGGCCAUUUGACAACUAGUA